UGUUGCGUUCUUUUUGCUUAGUCAUAUUACAUCUUUGGUGUGUAGAAGAACAAUAUUUCAACAUUAUGUUGUGAUUGGAAUUAUUGAGUGAAAGUUUCUUUAUUUUCGCAUCUAUCUGUGAUUAUUUAUCAGCUAUUUAAAUGGCUUCCACAACCUUAGCAGACAAUCUGCCAGAUGACGAGUUUGACAUUGAAACGCCAACAGGUUCUGAUGCAUUCACGGUUGUCCAAAGACUGAAAGAAUUUGCGUAUUACUUAGUGGAGAAUAUAGAAUUUCACCUAACUUUUUUGCUCAAACUAUUAGAAGAACGACAAGUGCCCCCAAAACCGACCAGUCAGACUGUUGCUGUGAUAAGUACACUGUUUUCGGUGGUACCAAAAAUUGGAAGCGGAAUUAGCAGCGGACUGAAAACUGGAGAGUCGUAUGCCUUUCGAAGAAUAGACAAAAAACAUGCACGGGUUUUAGCUGAACUUAUUUAUCACUUUAGCGAUAAUAAACAAAAAUUCAGAUAUACUCUGAUUGAAGCCGCUGUAGAAGUUUUUAGUAAUUUUGAACUCCAAUUUAUGAAGCUAACGUGUAAUGGAGGGCCAACGAGAGCAAUGCAAAAAUUAGCUAGAGAUGCUUCUGAUAGAAUUUUUGAUUACUUUCUCACAACAGAGCAGGACAAAAAUAUUACUAAAGCAGAAUUAACUAAAGGUAUUAUUUAUGGAGAGUCCAAAAGAAAUAGAGUAGGCAGAAAAGAAGGAAAAGAAGUUUCCAAUGAAUCAUCAAAAUGGAAAACAUGCAAACUGUACUCGAAAGCGGGCAUAUUCAUUACUGAUCCAGGCCUAUUUUAUAAAAAUGCUCAUACUAAUCCUCAAAAAUAUGGAUAUCGCAAAAUGUUUACAUGGGAAGAGGAAGACAAUAUUCGUAAAACAUGGAUUUUAGACAACCAUUUUGAACUGCCUGAAUAUAUCUUACAAGUGUCCGAAGACUUACUGACGGACAUUAAAGAAUAUAUUAUGCGUAAAGCUCCAUUUGAAGAAGCCCAACUGGACCGAGAAAAAUAUCAUAUGAGUGCAACGGAGGACAGACAAGUAAAACAUAACCAAACAAAAUCACUUUUGAAAAUACUAACUGAACAAAUUUUAAAAAUAACUAUAGACACGGAACAUUACAACAAUCUGCUAGAUGCUGUAUACAAAAAUCAAGAAAAUAGUAAUAAACAACAGUAUCAGAUUGUUACCAAAUUGGAACUAGUUCAUAAUGAUAUUUUAGAUUCAAAAGAAAAACAAGAAAACUUGACCAGAACAAGCGAAAACCUUCAAAACGAAAUCCAAGAAUUAAAAAGUAACCAUGAUGAGAUAAGCACAUCUCUUAUUACUGUAGAAGAGAUAGAACAAUUAGUAAAAGAGAAUGCAACAAAAACGGUUUUAGAAGAUCUAAAAGAAGGUGUUGGAAACUGUCUCCAAAGGUUAAAUCCCAGUCCCGUAGUUCAAACAGUGGUUGAAGAGGUAAUACCAAAAAUUAAAGUAGGUGUAGAAGCAGUAAAUUCAAAAAUUAAAGAAGGAAUAGAGUUAGUUGCUCCAAAAAUUAAUGAGGGGGCAGAAAAAGUUCUUCCAAAGAUUCAAGAUUUAAGUAAUGAUAUUUCGAAUAAUAUUCCCGUUGCUAGUGAAGUAAUUAAGAAAGGACUUGAAGAAUCAGUACAAAAUGUCUCAAGAGGCGUGGAGACUUUUAAGAGCUGGUUCAAUCGUUAAGAAUAUAAAUUAUAGCCUGUGUCCACGGAUGGGGUGCCCAAGAGGAAAAACUUUUUUAUUUUCAAUUUUAGCGAAAAAUGUUAUUCUUGAUAAAAAGUUUUGAUUGUUCUAAAAUCCCAUGAAACAAAAUUAAAUUCAAGUUUUUCAAAACCUGCUUAAUUUUGUAGCCAAUUUUAUGUAACUCCGUAUAAAUCUUUGCACUAAGUUCGAAAUCGUAACAAUAAUUUAGUGCUGCUAAGCUACGCUGUAGCUUAGUAACUUUCAACUUCGAUAAAUAAUUUGCGAAUUGUCUCGACAAUUUUAAGCGUUCAACAAAGAAUUUAUCUUGUGAACUGUUAUUCUUGAUAAAUAUUUUGCUUAUUCUAAAACCCCAUAAAAAGAAAACAUUAAAUUUUAAUAUCAAUAACAAAACGAUAAUAAGCAAUAAUAGGAAAAAUAACAGUAAAUAAAAAAAUUUAAAGCACUCAUCGGAGUGCCGACAGAAGUGAAAACUUCUUAUAGUAUAUAAAUUACGAACUUAAUGCUUUUCCACAUCCAAAAAUAAUUGCUAUACCUAUAUUAUAUACGCGUUGCGUACAUUCUAUGCUGUUUAUAUAUACAUACACAUAAUAUAUUUACGUACAAAAUUUAGUUCGGCAAAGUGAUGACGGUCGCAAACUCAAUACUUUUUUCCUAUCUAAACAGUGCUCAACGUCCCUAAAAAAGUUAUCACUUUAAAAAUUUAUUUCGUCAAACAAUGACGGUCGCUAAUUUAAUACUUUUUCCCCAUCUAAAAAGUGCACAACGUCCCUAAAGAAGUUUCCACUUCAAAAAUUUAUUUCGUCGAAGCAAUAACGGUCGCUAAUUCAAUACUUCUUACCCAUUAAAAAAGUGUACAACGUCCCUAAGGAAGUUUUCAUUUCAAAAAUUGAUUUCGCCGAAGCGAUGACGGUCGCUAAUUCAACACUUUUUCCCCAUCUAAAAAGUGUAUAACUAAAACGUCCCUAAAAAAGUUUCGCUUCAAAAAUUUAUUUCGUCGAAGCAAUGACAGUCGCGAUGACGGUCGAUAAUUCAAUACUUUUUCUCCAUCUAAAAAGACCACAACGUCCCUAAAGAAGUUUUCACUUGAAAAAUUUAUUUCGUCGAACCAAUAACGGUCGCUAAUUUAAUACGUUUUCCCCAUCUAAAAAGUGCACAACAUCCCUAAAGAACUUUUCACUUAAAAAAUUUAUUUCGCCGAAGUGAUGACGGUCGCUAAUUCAAUACUUUUUCCCCAUCUAAAAAGUGCACAACGUCAUUAAAGAAAUGUUCACUCCAAAAAUAUAUUUCGUCGAAGCAAUGACGGCCGCGAUGACGGUCGCUAAUUCAAUAUUUUCCACAUCUAAAAAGGGCAAAACGUCCCUAAAGAAGUUUUCACUUCAAAAUAUUAUUUCGUAGAAGCAAUUACGGUCGCGGUGACGGCCGCUAAUUCAAUACUUUUUCCCCAUCUAAAAAGUACACAACGUCCCUAAAGAAGUUGUCACUUCAAAAAAACAACUAUUUGACGUAGCCUUCACCAACUUCAAAAUAUCUCUCCACCCUAGCAGGUCUGGGGUGAUACCUCUGACGGCAUUUAUCAUUGCUUGUUUCAGAUCUUCAAUAUUAUGAUUUAGAUUUCUUUUGUAAACAUUCUGUUUUAAGAAGCCCCAUAAAAAGAAAUCCAAAAUAAUUAAAUCUGUUGGUCGGGGCAGAAAAAAUAUCGGUCCCUACCUUCCAAUCCAUCUUUCAAGGAAAAUACUCAUCUAGCCAUCCUGUUAUCAGCAAACUCGAAUGUGACGAACAGCCAUCAUGUUGAAAAUACAUUUUACUUCUUUUCUCCAAGAGAAGUUCAUCUACUUCCGAUAUUAAAUAGUUGUCUAACAAAUUGAAAUAUUCUUCCUGUUUUAGUCUUCUCCAGAAAAUACGGUCCGGUAAUUCGAACUGGUAAAACAGCACACCAAACACUUACCUCCUUAUAAAAUUGUCUAUUACGUUGAAUCCUGAAAUAGCUAUUUGUAUAACAAGGGAGGAAAGUGCUACUUUUCCUCCCGAGAAUGAGGUAGUAAUUAUUCAAGGGAGGAAAAGGCACUUUACUCCCAUGUUAUACAUAUGGUUUUUCCACCUUCCUCAAAUAACAAGUCAUUUUUUCAUUUUUACUUAAUUUAUUUAUGUAACUAACCAACAAAAUUUAUUAAAACUAAAACUAACAAGUAGGUAGAAUAUAACUGUCAACUGUCAAAUAUAAGUCAAAUUAUUAAUGUAAACAUUGUUAAAUCAAAAUAACAAUUUACUGUUUUUACCAUUCUGCAAAAUACAGAGUGUUUUAAAAAUAAACGUUAAAAUGUAUAGAUACACGUAAAAAUGUAAGAUAUUGUACAGGCCGUCAAUAAUUUAUACAUAUUUCAUGCAUGAAAUACCAUGACGUCACUUUUAUUUUCCUCCCUAGGGAGGAAAAGUACAAUUUUGCUCCCUACAAUCUGGUCCGGAAAAGUUUACUUUCGGUAGAGGUAGGUGGAAAUAAAUAUUUUCACUAGCCCAAUACCGACAAUUUUAGGAUGAAACGAUUCCAUUUGUCGUGAACGCGGACUCAUCAGAAAAUAGAAUAUUGUAGUGAAAGAAGCGGUAAUUCAUAAGUGUUUCACCAAUGAUUGCGCAAAAGUCAAGCCUCGUGUCAUAAUCACAAUAUUGUAAGAUGUGAAUAAAUUUUGAGUUGAAGGGAUGAAUGUUGUUUUGCUUGAAUUUUUUGUGUAAGUUACUUUUGCUAAAGCCAACUUCCGCUGUUCUUUUUCGUAAACUUAAACUUGGAUUUUCCUUUACUGACUGCAUAGCGCAUAGCUAGUACUAUAGGGCAGUAGCUGCUUCAUCGUCCUCACUAUACAUCGUUUUCGACCUUUUUCUGUUUUCAACAGAUCCUGUCUCAUUGAAUUCCUUCAUUAGUUUCUUCAAUCCAUUUCGCGUAGCGAGUAAGUACAGUUACGAUCAUUGAAUAGUUUACAGGCUUACGUAUCUAGGAGCCAGUUUUUUUAAUUUUUACCUCGUUUAAACCCACCUUUUACGUCAAAGUGACGUUAACAGUGGUGUAUCUACAAUGGGUUGAUUAAAGUUAAAAAAUCAAAAUAAUAUAAAUAUAUUUUACAAAAUUUAAAAAAAUGGAUCGUAUAGAAAGAAGUUUUUUUGAAUAAACUGGAUUAUGGUCUUAAUAGGUCACGAAAAUAGGGAAUUAUGGUUUUAAAAUAUCCAUUAUUUUAAAUCUAUUUUAUAUUAAAUAAUGAUAACAAUGUUAAAUAAUAAACAAUAAUUUGUGUAAUUCUUCUACGUUCAGUGCAAAUACUGCCCGGAAAUGCUUGUCUCUUCGUUAGCUUUUUGAGCUCUGGCAAAAAGAGAUUCACUCAAAUAAUUUACUAACAACUCAUCCUGUUGAUAUGUGGAGAUCUUCUGCUCCCUUGAACCGCCCAACCUUGGUAUAGAGUGAUUAUUAUCCCAUCUUUCUUUGAUUUCCCAUAUGCGCAUAUGGCUCACGUACAAAUCUGCAGCAACUUUCCUUAGUGAACAACAUUCUUCGAGUUUGGCAAUUGCUCUUGCUUUUUGCAUAUCACUCAAAUGCAUUCAUUUUGGAGGAGUUUUCAACACUAGCGAAUUUUUUGACAAGCAUUGACUUUUUGAAAUUUUUUGAUUUUGGCAUUUAUCAAAUCCGUAAGACACUGCAAUUGUAGAGUAUUACAAUAUAAAAAUUAAGGUGUACACUAUUCAGUGUUCGUAACUGUACAUCUGAAUAUUUUUCAUUGAACAUUUCAAUCGCAUGUCGAUGCGAAACAGCUCCAAUUUCAUAACACUUUACAAGAUAAAUUCCUUGUUGGAUGCUCAACAAUCUCUUAUCGAAAAAGCAUGACAAUUUGCAAAUUAUUUAUUGGAGUUGACAUUUACUAAGUUACAUUGUAGCUUAGCAACGCUAGAUUAUUGUCACGAUUUCGAACUUAGUGCAAAAAUUUAUACGGAUUUACAUACAAUAGGCUACAAAAUUAAGCAGGUUUAGGAAACCUUAAAUUUUAUUUCGUUUUAUGGGGUUUAAGAACAAGCAAAACUUUUUAUCAAGAAUGACAUUUUUCGCUAAAAUUGAAAUUAAAAAAGUAUUUCCUCUUGGACACCCUAUCCGAGGACACACUGUAUAAUUAUAGAGAGAAUAUAUUUUAUCAUGUCACAGUAGCCGAUACUUCGUUUCUUAUUUGACGUAUAUUUAGAUACAUUUAUAUAUAAAUAUUUUAAAUAAUAUACUGUAUGUUCUCUAAUCUUCAAUUUUUAGGUUUUUCUGACUUUGCAGAUAUACAUAUACAAACGUACUAAUAUUGUAACCAAUUCAGUUUCCUUACCUCUCGUGUGCAAUCCUAACAAAAUAAACAAGUAAUUAUUUAA